ACAUAUAUUAAAUAUGUUCGUUGUAUUUUAAAUAAUCCAUAGAGUUUGUUACUGAUAUCAGUAUUCUGUUACGAGUAUAAUGUUGAUCAACAAAAGAAGGCCCAACUCUACAUCACCGUGGGAGUAAAACUGACAGAAAAACUAAACACACGAUGGAAAAGUAAACGGUUCUCAUUGUGUGGUACUUUAUAACAGAAAGAUAAAGACAAAUGUAGUUUAUUUGAACUCAAAGAUCAUGAAGUACGUACAGUUGUUCUUUGUAAUUUUUCAUUUAAAAUUAUCUAUCAGUUUGGAAGUUAAGCCACCUGCUCUUAGACGAUUGGACGAGAGAUGUAUGAAGUUAGCGCAACGGCCUUAUUUCGAUUCGGAUAUGGUAGUGGGUAAACCAUGGCGGAUAUAUUAUACGUAUAAUAUGAAGUUGGAAAAUAAGUGUUUGGAUAUGGUUUUUAAGAAUGCUACACCGAGGAUCGUUCAACGAAUUUGGAAUGACAUGUACGAUUAUAUGGAACAGCAGCCCGUGUGGGAUGCGGCGGUACUGCUCGGAACCAUGGGUGCUGCGCGCCAUGAAUUACUGUUAUGCGCAGACCAGGGGGCAGCUGGCAGCUUCUCCGGUGUACCAAACGUUAUACGUGAUGGCAACUUAACACCAAUGAAAAGCAGUGUGUCACUGCUCAAGUUCUAUAUGAAACUGCUCAACGAAGGCAAGUUCCUGGUAAUGAUCGACUGCCAUAUGGGAGUCGGGUCCAUCUCGGCCAGAGCUGAUCGUCCGCCUUACCGCUCAGAGAUCCUAGCUGCCGCAGCACAGCUCAACAUUGGAGACGGGUACCCCGCUUGUACUGGUGACAAGAACGAUGACGAACAGUUUCUUAUUAAGUGAUGUUGAUUAUAUUAAUGUUUGUUAUAAAAUAAUUUUGAACUGUAAUAAAUAUUUCAAUAAUUAAUGAUGAUUGUGUGAUUGAACGUUAUAGUUACGAUAUCAUAUUUUUUUU